AUGCCUACAUACAGUAUCAGAGGCAUUGAAGUGCAAUUCCCUCACGAGGCGUACGAAUGUCAGGUCACAUACAUGGAGAGGGUCAUCACUGCACUUCAGGAGGGAAAGAACGCUCUGCUGGAGAGCCCCACUGGCACAGGGAAAACUCUCUGCUUGCUCUGCGCCACCCUGGCGUGGCAGGAGUCUUUGAAACAGGGAAAGGUAACAAAAAAAAUGCACAAUCAUAUUUCUCACACCAAGAAAAGCUUCGGCCUUACCGACCUGCGCAGCGGCGAUCUCUCCGCCACCCCCACCAUCAUCUAUGCCUCACGCACCCACAGCCAGCUGGCCCAGACUCUGUGGCGAUGGUGCAGGCCUCGCGCAGCUAUCCUGGGGUCGCGGCAGCAGAUGUGCCUGAACCCGGGCGUGAAGCGGCUGCCCGGUGGCGCCAUGAACCAGGCCUGCCGCGCCCACGUCAGCUCCCGCACCUGCAGCUGGUACAACAAGGUGGAGAGCUGGACGCGGAUGCACCCGGACGCCAACGGGGAGGCUCUGGACAUCGAGGAGCUGGUGCGGCUGGGCAGCUCGGGCGGGCCCUGCCCCUUCUACCUGUCGCGCGACAUGGCGUCAACGGCGCAGAUCGUGUUCAUGCCCUACAACUACCUAGUGGACGCCAAGAUCCGCGGCGGCAUCAAGAUGCUGAGCUGGGACAACGCCGUGCUCGUCUUCGACGAAGCCCACAACGUGGAGGGCGUCUGCUCGGACGCGGCGUCGUUUGACCUGACGGGGGCGCUGCUGGGGACAGCGCUGCAAGAUGUGCAGGCUGCAGUGGAGGUCGCCCUCUUGAAGCGCGAUGGCGAAGCCCAGUUGAUCCAGGACCUGCGCAUGUUGGGAGCGCUGCUGAGCAAGCUGGAGGGCGCCAUUGCCAGCCUGGCCGCCUCGGCAGGCAACAACGGUUACACCGCCAAGGGGGAGUUCCUAUUCGAGCUGCUGGCCAAGAUCGGCCUCAACACAGACAACCACUUUUACAUGGAACGCCUGCUGGACGAGGCUGCAGACCUGCUCAGCGGUGCAGCAGCGGAGCAGGGUCGCAGGUGGGCCCCUCAAUUCCUCCAAAUUGACGAGCUCUUCUUAUUGACAUUUUAUUGCAGCAAGUCUGUAUUCGCAUCCCAGGGUUAUGCUAUCUGUUGCUUGUUUUGGAAGAGCAAGUGGGCACAUGGUUGCGGGCAGGAGGUGCCGACGCUGUCGUACUGGUGCUUUGAGCCGGGGGUGGCCAUGGCGGCUCUGUGCGCGCUCAAAGUGCGCUGCAUCCUGCUGACGUCCGGCACGCUGGCGCCCCUGGACAGCUUUGCGCAGGAGCUCUCCCUCGACUUCCCAGUCACCCUGGAGAACCCCCACGUCGUCAACACCUCCCAGGUGUGGGUGGGAGUAGUGCCGGUGGGCCCCAAGGGGGUGGUGCUGAACAGCAGCUACGCGACGCGCACGUCCCCGGCCUACAUGGAGGACCUGGGCCUGGCGCUGGCCAACUGGGCGCGCAUCGUGCCGGACGGCCUGCUGGUCUUCUUCGCCUCCUACACCGUGCUGGAGGCCUGCCUGCGCCACUGGAAGGCCAACUCCGGCGACCAGCGCGGCGGCGUGCUCGGCUUCAACGGCACCCUCUGGGACCGCAUCGUGCGCGACAAGCAGGCCGUCAUCGAGCCCCGGAGGAGUGAGGAGUUUCAGGCGGCGGCAGACGAUUACAGGGCGAAGCUGAAGGACCCGUCGUCGCGCGGGGCCAUCUUCUUUGCGGUGUGCCGGGGGAAAGUCAGCGAGGGGCUCGACUUCUCGGACCGCGCUGGCCGGGCCGUCGUCAUCACCGGCCUCCCAUUUGCCAUGGUCACCGAUCCCAAGGUGCGGCUAAAGAAGGAGGUGCUGGACGAGACGCGGCGGAGCGCGGGCGCAGCCAAGAGGACCAGGGACGGAGCGGCUCCGGCGUUGCGGCUGACGGGGGAGGCCUGGUACAGUCAGCAGGCCACGCGAGCAGUCAACCAGGCCAUGGGGCGAGUCAUCCGCCACAUGCAUGACUACGGCGCCAUCAUCCUCGCCGACGAGCGUUUCAAGAGCGAGACCAACCAGCGGCAGCUGUCCAAGUGGCUGCGGCCGCUGUCCAAGACGCACACCAACUUCGGCGAGGCCGCCGCCUCGCUGCAGCGCUUCUUUGCGGACCACGCCAACUUCAAGGUGCCGCCCAGGGCUGCCAAGCCGGCGCCCAACCAGCCCAGGGACCUCGCCUUCUUUGGGACCAGCCGCACCGGGGGCAGCGGCGGCAGCGGCUCGCGGCCCGGAGCCCUCUCCACGGGCCCAGACCUGCUCCUCAGCAGCCUGGCCAACGUACCAUCUGCCGCGGAUGCCAGCGGCUUGCCAGGUUGCAUGUCCAUCUCUGCAGCUACCUGCUCUUUUCAUGACUUGAUACUCAACUAG